AUGACAGAUAAAAAUCCAUAUUCACCUGAGAGUGAUUUCACCAACCAGUGGUCUUUGGAGCCUUCUGAGUACUUGAAGUUUGACGACGAUCAAUGGCCAGAUGACAAUCCAGAGCCGUUUCUUGCUGAGCACGUCACCAGCCAAGACAAUGAAUUAGUAGCUGAUUUCGGAGAAAGUGGAAGCCGAAUUGGUGGACCGGCUUCCGGCAGUGAACGUGAGAAGAAGGAAGUUAAAGAUAAAGUUGCGUUCAAGACAAAGUCAGAGGUUGAGAUUCUGGACGAUGGAUUCAAGUGGAGGAAGUAUGGAAAAAAGAUGGUGAAAAACAGCCCUAAUCCAAGGAACUACUAUAGAUGUUCUAGAGAUGGAUGCCAAGUGAAGAAGAGAGUUGAGAGAGAUGUGGAUGAUCCGAGUUAUGUGAUAACAACCUAUGAAGGCACACAUACACAUCCAAGUUUUCACUAG